AUGGCGGCCCCCAGCAACUUAGAGCUCGCCAUGAGAACUCGGUCGCUCCGAGCGAUCCAGACGGAACUGGAAUUCCUCGACUCGGUCGGUUUGAUUACUCCCGCUCAGAUGGAUACCAUCCUACGGCCGCUCAAAGCCAUCGCCGACACACAUGCUUCUGAAGCGCACCGACAGCUGCCACAGCCUGAGCCUGUCUACCAAGCUCCAGUACAAGCACAGCAUCCCCCGGGACCAUAUGCAGUACAAGCACGGCAUCCUCCCGGCCCAUAUGCUCCAGUGAAUACGCCCCCUGCAUAUCAAAUGUCCCAUAUGUCGGUGAACGAGAAAGCCGCGCAACACAACCAAUACGCAACAAGCCCGACCCCACCAGCCCCGCCGGCUUAUCCCCAAGUCAUUGGAAUGGCAAGGGCUUUGUGGGACUACAAACCGAGGGAAGAGGAAGACGACGGCCUUUCUUUCCAGGAGAACCAACAAAUUCAAAUCAUCAAGAAAGAAAGAAAAGAGUGGUGGUAUGGUCGCAACAUGACAACCGGAAUGGAGGGUCUGUUCCCAUCAAACUAUGUCGAGGAGGUUCCUUCGCAAUCGCCCCCAGUUCCAAGUUAUGGACAACCGCCUUCGGCUAAAAACUAUGGAAACAUGCCUCUCGAUGUCAGCCAGAGUGGACAACCUGCGAACCCGGCAGAGCCGAAGCAAAACAAAUUUGAAGAGGGAGGCAAGAAGUUUGGAAAGAAACUUGGCAAUGCCGCAAUCUUCGGCGCCGGUGCCACUGUGGGUUCCAAUAUUGUGAACAGCAUCUUUUAA